ACUGCUUGCCUAUCACAAAAAUUAAAUUGGAAGUGUAAUAUUGUUUUAUCGUGCCACUAUAUAUAAAAGUGAAUGGACCUCGUUCGCGUACGAGUGUGCAAUUUUUUUUCUGUUUGUCUGUGAACAUCAGUGACACCCCCCGCGCCCCGCAUACAACUACCGUCGCCACGCCGCGCAACGCAGCAACAGCAACAACGACAGCAAGAAGCGGCCGCAACAACAAAACAAAAAGUGAAAUUGCCUUUUGCGGAAACCAACAAAAAAUAAGAAAAGAAUUAAGUACAAGCACACACACACACACACACACACACCACACGUUGAAGCAAGUGAAGAUUGUUGUUAACACGGCACCCGUGCGUGUGUGUGUCCGUGUGUAGGUGCGGUUGUGUGCGUAUGUUGUUGCGUUCCAACGCAAAACCCAACAACGAAAACAAAACGUUCCAAUUGGAAUACCGCCUGCUAAGAAGAACAGCUGGCCCCACCAAAAAACAAAAAACAGGCGGCCAAGAACAUUUUAGCCCAAAAAGACCAUCUGAACGGGGUCUAGCAGCGUUUUCUAGACGAAAAGUGAAACAUCUGAGCGGUGGCCAAAGAAAAACGAAGCGGCUGUCAUAAUGGGCGAUUUCGAUCUGAAUGUGGAUAGUCUCAUCCAGAGGCUGCUGGAAAAUUUCAAAAAACAAAAAGAGGCCGAAGAGCAUGCCCAGAAGCUGCUCAUCGCUCAGCAAUUGGCCGCUGCUGGUGGGGCGGCGGUUGCCGUUGCUGCCGCAACUGCUACUGCUGCCGCUGCCGUUACCACCGCCGCUGCAACGUCAUCGUCAUCAACCAGCACAUCCGCUGCCGCUACCGCGGCCAGCAACAGUUGUUUGGGUUCGGCCGCUGGCACCAAUCACGAUCCGCUGGAGGAUCUGACCGAACAGCAGCGCCGACUGCUGCAACAGUAUUCGAUAUCGCCGCCCAGCGAAACGAUGAUAUCGGCCGAUGGCGAUCAAAUAACGGUGCAUCAUCCGCGCGAGGAGCCAAAGAAAUCUCGAUUGAAAUUGCGUGACUUUUUCGUCGCCGAAUUCGUGCGUAGCUGUCGUACCGGCAAACAGGUGCAGAUGACCGAGGCGGAGGUGCGCGGCCUGUGUCUGAAGUCGCGCGAGAUAUUCUUGCAACAGCCGAUACUGCUGGAGUUGGAGGCACCGCUGAUCAUCUGCGGCGACAUCCAUGGCCAGUACACAGACCUAUUGCGGCUGUUUGAGUAUGGUGGCUUCCCGCCGGCCGCCAACUAUCUGUUCCUCGGCGAUUAUGUGGAUCGGGGAAAGCAGUCGCUGGAGACCAUCUGUCUGUUGUUGGCCUACAAGAUCAAAUACCCGGAGAAUUUCUUCUUGUUGCGCGGCAAUCAUGAGUGUGCCAGUAUUAACAGAAUUUAUGGCUUCUAUGAUGAGUGUAAGCGCCGCUACAAUGUAAAACUUUGGAAGACCUUCACAGACUGCUUCAACUGUCUGCCAGUGGCCGCCAUCAUCGAUGAGAAGAUAUUCUGCUGCCACGGCGGCCUCAGUCCCGAUCUGCAGGGAAUGGAGCAAAUUCGACGCCUAAUGCGGCCCACAGACGUUCCGGACACUGGGCUCCUGUGCGAUCUGCUGUGGAGUGAUCCCGACAAGGAUGUACAGGGCUGGGGCGAGAACGAUCGUGGUGUGAGCUUUACAUUCGGUGUGGAUGUGGUUUCCAAGUUCUUGAAUCGCCACGAGCUUGACUUGAUUUGUCGUGCGCAUCAGGUUGUGGAGGAUGGAUACGAGUUCUUUGCACGUCGCCAGCUGGUCACGCUAUUCUCGGCGCCCAACUAUUGCGGCGAAUUCGAUAAUGCUGGUGGCAUGAUGACCGUCGACGACACACUCAUGUGCUCAUUUCAGAUAUUGAAACCAUCCGAGAAGAAGGCAAAGUAUUUGUACAGUGGAAUGAACUCGUCACGACCCACUACACCGCAGCGAAGCGCCCCAAUGCUGGCGACCAAUAAGAAGAAAUAAUAUAUCCAUCCGCUUCCAUUUCCUUAAAGGUUCAACAACAACAAAAACAAAACAAAAAAAACCAAACAAACAGAAAGAAAACACUUGUAUACAUAUAAAUACAUAAUUCUAUAUAUAUACUUAUAUGUAUUGAAAAUCGAAAAUGUCAAAAUCUACAGUGAGAGAGUGUUGAGAGAGAGGAGAAGGAAAAUAAUUGUUAACAUCCAUCUCUCUCUCUCUAUGUGCAUAUGGAUAAACGUGCAUGUGUUAUGCAACUGUACUUGUAUUCUAUCUAUCGCUAUCAAUAAUCAUGUGUGAAUUCAAAAUUCUUUGUUGACUGUCCCUUUACCCAUACCAAUAGUAUAUGAAAACCCAAUCACAAUUGAAAGUCCCGAAAAUUCAGAAAACUAUCUAAAUUAAAAAGUACAGAGAUGUUAAGCCAUGAAUUUAAAUAUAGGCACAUUAAUGUAAACUACAUACAUAUACUAUAAUCGGUGUACUUCUAAAUCUACACUUAACUACAAAAGCAAACGAAUGCGAAUGCGAAAUCGAAAGCAAAACUAAAUGCAAAAUUGUAAGUUAGAUGCUAUCCACUCCUUCAUUUCCACGAACCAAACCCAAAACCCAAUCUAGCUUCAAUUUGAUCCACCCAUUUUUCAGUUAUCGUCUACAUAAGUGUGUGCAUUACAAAUUUUUCCUACAAAAGUUGAUCAACAACAACAAAAAUAAACAAGAAAAAGUAAAAAAAAAAAUUAUAUACAAACUAUGAAAAUAAAAGGAAGGAUUAUCUACCACUUAAGCUUAAUACAGUUGUACGCUGUGCGCGUGUGUGUGUGUGUAUUUUAUUUAUUAUUUACUUAGGAAUACGAAUAGUAGAUGAUGUUCUAUUGUUUAUUUGAUUUUUUUUUUGUCAUUGUCAUUUAAUUAAUUUAUUGCCUAAACUAUACUACUUAUAAACAAAGAAAAAGCAACUAAACCUUAAACAGAGAUAAUUCAAUAUUAUAUUCUAUAUACUUAAACAUAUAUUUUUGCGUUGUACUAUGUUUAAGUGACGCGAAAACUGUUAACUGCUAACCGGUUAAUGGGCAUUUAAGGACACUCGACUCGAGGCUUGUUUUCCCCAUGAAUCCAUACCAAUACCUAGCGAAAAUCCAACCUAACUUUAACUUUAACCUUAGCCUCACACACAAACAAA